UCUUACCUUUUUCGUAUUUACACUUCAACCUAUUAAAAUUAUACACAUGGACUACAUAUUUAGAAAUUACUCAUACAUUAUCUAAAUAAUUGGUACUCAAUUUCUUAUCAUUUUAUUAAGAUAAACUACUUAUAAGUAAUACAUUAUGUAUAAAUCUGAGCCGCCACCACCACCUUAUGAGUCAUGUGUACCACUUGCACCACCUGAUUAUUCACAGACAUUGGGGACACAUCUACCUGCUUCAGCUCCAGAAACAUCUUACUCAAGACCAACAACUACUAUACAAAUUAUUCCACUUGGACCUCAGUCAACACGUACCACCUGUCCAUAUUGUUUUGCACAAGUUGAUACAACAAUAAAGACAGAACCUGGCAUGAUUGCUUAUAUAUCUGGAGUUGUGAUUGCAUUAAUGGGAUGUUGGUUUGGAUGCUGUUUGAUUCCUUGCUGUAUUGAUGAAUGUAUGGAUGUCCAUCACAGUUGUUCUAACUGUAAAGCCUAUCUGGGUCAUUAUAGGAAAUAAAGUAACACAAUAUUAGUAACUAUUGCAUUUCACUUUAAAACCAUUUGAAAGUUAUGUAUAUAU